AUGCCUCGUGCUGAAACAAGGAUAAGGAAGAGAAUGGAAGCGAUCAAAAAGGUAGUUGUCAUUGGUGUAAAUGAAAACGAGUACACCGCGUGCGGACACGGCGACCAUGCAACUGUCAACCUGUCGACUAUGUCAUGUUCUUGUAGAGUUUUUGACGUGGACCAGCUCCCGUGCCCACAUGCCCUAGCAGGUCUGAGUAAGAGGUAUCCAGAUACAUUUGGAGACUCUGUUUAUAACCACUCUUCUGUAUAUUACUCCGCAGAUGCAUACUACAAAGCAUAUGAAGGUGAUAUUGUCCAAAUUCCUCAUGAAAGUAAGUGGAUGAUUCCAUCAUAUAUGCAAGGGGCACAAGUUCCCCCACUAAAAUACGUUCCUAAACUGGGUCGAAAGAGUAAUAAGCUUAAGAAGGGUGUCCUGUAG